AUGAGGCGUUCGCGCUCCUUUAUCAAGGCUUGGCCUGUUCUUUCGAAACGAGACAAAGUUAUCAUUGGUUGUAUACUCGUGAUAAUAUUGAUUAUCCUCUUGAAUACGUCGCUCCUCAUCUGGGUACUGAUCCGGGACAAUGGCUUCAAAGCUCUCGGGGAUCUUUACACUCGCGACUGCGAUCAAAUGAAGACCAUCGACACGGUUGUGCAUUUGAUUAUCAACAUAUGUUCUUCGGUGGCUAUAGCCGCCAGCAACUACUGUGCACAGUUGCUCGUCGCUCCAACUCGCGCCGAAGUGACUCAGGCGCACGAGAGAGGUGACUGGUUAGAAAUUGGAGCACCCAGCUUCCGUAAUCUUCUCGGCCGCCGGAUUAACGGAAAACGCAAGCUCACCUGGAGCGCUUUGAUGCUGAGCUCUAUACCAUUGCAUCUAUUCUGGAACAGUGUUUUGUUCUCUACAAUUCCAGUCACGGAUUACGAGAUUGCACUCGUCUCAAGCGACUUUCGAACGGACCUUCAGCCGUGGAAUGAGACGUGGAUCACACGUGGACAGCACCGUAGUACAUACGAUCAAGCUGUCGGGGAAGCUGGCAAUACCCAGCUACUCAGGAGAAUGCUUCUCGGAAAUCGCUUCGAGCAUCUGAGUAAGCAGGAGUGCAUAGAACGGUACAUCAGUCUGGACGUCCGUCACAAGGAUGUCGUGUUGGUGGCGUCCAAUGCCUCCAUGAGCGAUGGUCUGUCUUUGGUACCAACUAACAAGAACUCGUCCCUCCUUUACCUCAGCAGCAGUCUUCUAGUACAGUCUAAGUGGAUGUGGGCUACAGGUUGGCUGUGCUCUGGUGGGGACGAUACUACUUCACUGGUCCCUGAAAAGCGCCAGUCAUGGUGUUCACGAGAACACUUACUGCCCCAAGCUGAAACUUGGACUGUAAAGAACUAUCGGACUUUACCUGAUGGCAAGAUCAUUCGAGACGUUGCGGUUCAGGUUGACUAUUGUCUCUCUGCCGGAGCCGAAGAAACACAAGCGGGGUGUGCCAUCCGCUACAGUUCCGUGAUGCUUCUAGCUGUCAUAGCCUGCAACUGCAUCAAAUUGGCCUGUAUGUGGCUCAUUUGGAAAUUGAAUUCUGGGAGGGGGCAAGGCAUAUACGAACCACUCGUCACGCAGGGUGACGCUAUCGCAAGUUUCCUAUCAUCUCAAGACAAGACUACCAAGGAAAUGCCUCUUGUGGAAGCGUCAGAUCUCACAAAUAGGGCGCUAUCUUCCUCCAUGGCGGCCGAUGAAAGGAACAUGGGUAUGGUGUCGACAAGUUCCCGGCUCCGACACCCUGUACGAUGGUUCCGUAGCAUAUCAGUCACACACUGGAUUGCUAUAUUUGUCUCAUAUCUACUGAUACUGGUACUUCUGUCUAUCUCCCUCGCCUUGGCGCUGCGACAACUAGUGGUCUACGACCAGUCGGUCGACCUUGGAUCUCUUUGGCGAAUGGGGAUAGGAGAGGUUCAGCCAUACUCAAUAAGCCUCACAGAAGCGUGGGGCGCAAUGAGUGAGAAAGCCUUUUAUGGCACGGCGCUUUUGGCCAAUGGCUCUCAACUCUUGCUGAGCUUCGGCUGGUAUUUCGCCAACUCUCUACUGACUAGAAUCGUCAUCAACCGUCAUUGGUCACAAUUUAUUACAAAGCGUAGGGCGCUCCGCGUGUCUACACCGGCCGGUGGCCAAAGAUCAACUUAUUUCUUGUCCUUGCCAUAUCGUUAUAGCGUGCCUCUCCUGAUGGCCUCGGCGAUUGUGCACUGGCUUCUUUCACGGAGCUUGUUUGUUGUUCAGACUACGGGGUUUUCCUAUCGACUAGGGCAGAAUGCGGACAACGGUUUUGUGCGAGCGAACCAAUUUGACGGGUCUGUUGUAGGCUAUUCGGGGAUAGCGAUGGUACUAAGUGUGGCAACACUAAGUGCUCUUCUCAUUGGGUUGCUUGCCUUAUCAACGAGGAAGCUUCCUUGUCGGGAGGCUAGCACUGAGGACGAAGUCAUUCGCAUGCCUCUUGCCGGAACGUGUAGUAUGGCAAUCAGCUCAGCAUGCCAUCCUAGCGAUGUUGAAACAGAUGUACAUCUACUUCCUCUCCAAUGGGGCAAGAAUGAACUCGACAGGUGGAGUUUCACCAGUCAGAACCGUCUGUCGUACCAAGUCGAGGCUGGGCUCAAUAGAGAACGAUCACAGGAGGCUCUCAUUCCUAGGUGGCUAUUUCAACAGUGA